UGUAUGUGGUCGUGCGAGCUGCGCGCCGCAGUAAUAAACCAGCCUUCGUUAAGAGUACACUGUGUUUAAUUGCUACCUCAACCUCAUACAUAUCAUCUGGCGACGAAUCGUAUCUACCCGCGUAAAUAAAAUGUCAAAUUUUAUUGGAAAUAUCGGCAAUUUUGACUACAAAGUGCAAGAUUGGAAGACUUUUUCAAGCAGAUUGCAACAGUUUAUUAAAUUAAAUGAUGUGAAGGAGGACAGUAAAUGUGCAGUGUUGCUAACUCAUCUUAAUGAUGAGUCGUACCGUCUGGCGCGGAACCUGGUGUACCCGCGCGACCUGGAGGCGGUCACAUACGACGAGCUGGUGAAGACGCUCAGCGACCACUUCACGCCGAGUAGGUCUACCUUCGCCGACCGGGCGAAGUUUUAUGACGCAACGAGGGGAGAGUACGAGGCGGCUGAAUCAUGGGCGGCGCGGCUGAGGGGCCUCGCGAUCAACUGUGAGUUCGGCACCGAGCUCGACACUCUGUUGCGAGACAAGUUCGUGCUGGGCAUGAACGUGGGAGCUGAGCGAGAUCGCUUGUUCGAGAUGGACGCGAAAACGCUGACGCUCUCGAAAGCGUUGGAGGUGGCUCAGCAGGCGGCCAGCGCGCGACAGGCGCGCGCCGCGAUGGUGAAGGAGGAGCCGGUGUUCCGCAGCAGCAGCAGCACGGCAGCGGGCAGCAGCGGGCAGCGAGGCGGCGCGGCGCGAGCGGGCGGCGCGGCGCGAGCUGGUGGCGCGGCUGCCGCCGUCGCGAAGGGCGAUGGCGAGCCGCGCUGCACGAUAUGUGGACUAAAAAACCACGAAGCUGGAAGGUGCCGGUAUAAAAAUUAUACGUGCCAAAAGUGCGGUUUAAAAGGUCAUUUAAAAAAGGUGUGCGGGGCCAAUAAAAGUGCAUUUUAUAAAAUGUGUGAGUGUUCCGAUUCCGAUGCAGAAAGAGACGCAAAGGUUCCUCAGGGGGACGAUUGCAAGGAAUGUGCCCUGUUUAAUUUAAGAUGUAAAAAUUAAGAGGGAAGAAUUGGGAUGUAUGUGGUCGUGCGAGCUGCGCGCCGCAGUAAUAAACCAGCCUUCGUUAAGAGUACACUGUGUUUAAUUGCUACCUCAACCUCAUACAUA